ACGAACACGGUCGAAUGUAUGGUCAUCAAAGCGCGUAAUUGGUUAUAUUAUUAUUAUGAAUUGGUUGUUUCCAAAUGACAGAGAACGGAACAUACAUUUUUGUAUCACCACCCUUCCCAGAUGUAAAUGGAAGACGCAGUUUAUUUCUUAGAUAGAAAUAUCUUAGCUAUAUUAGCGCUGAAGUAGAUGACAUUGCGGGGCGGAAGUGGCUUUCGGAAUUUGUGUGUGUCUGUUUCCGAGUUAAAAGAGCAAGUCGUGCAAGAUUCUGACCCAGAUAGCCAGUCCCACAGAGAACUGCGACUUAAGAGUCAUUCGGGCCGCAGCGGACCCGGAGCAGCUGGAUUCUCUGAAAAGCACCCUUUUCUGGGAUAGAAGAUCUGGCCAGGGAAAUGCAUUUGAACAGGAACACUUGAAAAGGACGGAAAAGGCAGACUUCAGUGGGGAGCAUUUAUGUAACCAGAGUACUGUGCGGACCUGUCUCUCCACACCAGCCAGCACUGACGAGUGUGUUUUUGAUUAACCAGACAGAGAAAGGGGAGGGGAAGAAGGAGAGCGCUUAUGGGAGCUCGCCAGCCCGGAUCUAAAUGUUCAGACCCGGAGAUCUGUGUUGUUUUCUUAAGUACUGGGACAGAGCUGUGGUGCAGGCGGUGUCCGAGACUCCCUGCUCUGGGUCAUAGUCAGCAGUUUGUCGAUCACUUGGCAACACUUGAGUUCACCUGUGUGCUGUCAACACGUCACGCCAAGGCUUGAAUCAUAACAUCUGGGCAGCGAACUUUCGAGAAAGGCUCAAGGAGAAAGCUAUUUUUAAUGAGUACUAUUAAAAUCUAGUUGACAGCUUUAUUUUAAAGAUUUGAUUCUACGAUUUCUGUUCCGCUCAAAUUCUCUGGACGUGUACAUGUUCCCGAUCUCGAGACCUAUUUGCAUAUUUCGGGAGAAUUUUUCAUUCCUGAGUUUUUUUCGGUUUCGUUCUUGAACAAACUGUCCUGCACAAGUGGGUGCUGCAACCGCCUGCAUGAAUGCGGAGCUGAAGAAUGCCCUGCGCAUCACACAGGCCUUUGAUCUCAGUGGAAAAUGUCCAAAGCACUGCAGAGCCUGAUUGGUCAGGGCCAGCAUUACUGGGCUUGGCUGCAUCAGCUCCUCCUAUCACUGAUCUGCCUCUGCUGCUUGGCCCCUCCCACAGGGGUCAGCGCUGGGCUCUGCAGGGUCACUGGGGGCGUGCUGGGGAUCCACUGGCCCAGCGUGCUGGGGCUGGGCUGGCGGCCCCUGGCGAUGGAGAGGGCCAGCGAGGUGUGCUGGGAGACGUGCUGCCUGCAGCCGGCCUGCGGGGCCGUGUGGAGCCUGGAGGGCUGCUGUGUGCUGCUGAGCUGCUCUCGGCCGCGGGGCUGCGGCAUCGCCUCGCUCCCCAGCCCGCAGGUCCAGGCCCUGGGGCUCCUCCAGCUCGUCUCCAAGGGCCCCCCGGACCGGCGCAGGGUCCGCAGGGCGGCGUCGCGGAAGAGGGGUGGCGUGACCCUCCAGCCACACGAGCCCCAGACCGGCCACACUCACUCCACCAAGGCCGUUUCCAAAGACACCUCCAGCCACACCCCCCCUGUGACUUCACCCAGUGGAUUGGCUCUUCCCCUGACGUCCAAUAAGACCCAGGCCCAGCAGACCAAUUUGAGCGGCGAGGCGGCGGUUCCAGCUUCUGCACAGCAGAACUCCACAUUAUCGACGGGGACUGUGGAUAUGCCGCUGGCCAAUAGUAGCAGGAGCUCACCGACCGUGGCCCCGACCAUCCACAUCCCGCCUACUCAAGCCAUGCGAGAGUUGGUGGUGUCUGCAGGGAACAGUGUGGAGGUGACGCUGCCUCGAAACGAGGUGGAGCUCAAUGCCUUCGUCCUACCAGCGCCCCCUACAGGAACGGACUACACGUUUGACUGGCGGCUGAUCACCCACCCUCAGGACUACAGUGGGGAGAUGGAGGGGAAGCACAGUAAAACACUGAAACUCAGCAAACUGACCGUUGGGCUGUAUGAGUUUGAGGUGCUGGUGGACGAAGAUGGGGCACACGGCGAGGGCUUCGUCAACGUCACGGUCAAACCAGAACCACGGGUAAACAAGCCACCGGUUGCUGUGGUUUCUCCAAAGUUCCAGGAGAUCUCCUUGCCAACCAGCUCUACGGUGAUAGAUGGCAGCCAGAGCACGGAUGACUAUAAGAUCGUGGCGUGGCACUGGGAGGAGGUGAAAGGGCCCCUGAGGGAGGAGAAGGUGUCGGCUGACACACCCAUUCUCACGCUCACCAACCUGGUGCCGGGCAACUACACUUUCAGUUUGACAGUGACAGAUUCUGAUGGGGCUCAGAGCUCAACUCAGGCAACACUGUCGGUCAACAAAGCCAUGGACUACAGGCCGGUGGCCAACACUGGGCCCAACCAGGUGAUCACAUUGCCACGCAACUCCAUCACUCUCUUCGGCAACCAGAGCACAGACGACCACGAGCACCUGGGCUACGAGUGGUCCCUCAGCCCCGAGAGCAAGGGCAAGGUGGUGGAGAUGCAGGGAGUGAGGACCCCCAUACUGCAGCUAUCAGCCCUGCAGGAGGGAGACUACACCUUCCAGCUCACCGUCACCGACUCGGCUGGCCAGCAGGACACGGCCAAGGUCACCGUUAUCGUCCAGCCAGAGAACAACAAGCCCCCCGUGGCCAACGCAGGGCCGGAGAAAGAGCUGACUCUGCCUGUGGACCACACCACACUGGAUGGGAGCAAGAGCACUGAUGACCAGAGAAUCGCCACCUACCACUGGAGCCAGAGCAAGGGGCCUGCUGGUGUGAAGAUUGAUAAUGCGGACAGUGCCGUCGCCACGGUGACAGGGCUGAAGGUGGGCACUUACCAGUUCAUCCUGACUGUGACAGACGAGAGGAUGCUGCAGAGCAAAGACGUGGUUGAAGUCAUCGUUCGAGAGGAGGUGGACCGGCCUCCAGUGGCCCAUGUCCUGUCACGGCCUCCCAUCUCCCUGCCCGUUCGCACCGCCACGCUGGACGGCUCCAGAUCCUCCGAUGACAAGAGCGUGGUCACCUACCUGUGGGCGCGUGAUGAGAGCAGCCCUGCUGCAGGGGACGUGCUCAAUAACUCGGACCACCAGCCAGUGCUGUUGCUGAGUAACCUGGUGGAAGGGAAGUACAGCUUCACCUUGACUGUCACCGACAGCAAGGGCCAGAGCAGCUCCGACCAAGGGACCGUGGAGGUGCGACCAGAUGUCUGGGAGAGAGACCUGGUGGAGCUGGUCCUGGAGGUCGGCGUGUCCCAGGUGACCCGGCGGCAGAGAGACAUGCUGCUCCGGCAGGUGGCUGUCCUACUGGGCGUGCUCGACAGUGACAUCAUCGUGCGGGAGGUGACCGCCUUCAACGAGCACAGCACUCGCAUCGUGUUCCUGGUGUCAGGAGGUCCGGGGCGCCCCCCUCUGUCAGGGCACAGCGUCGCCGUAGGGCUGCGCAACAAACUGCACAAACAGAAGAACGACUUCCUGAUCUUCAAGGCCCGGGGGGUGGACACUGUCAUCUGCCAGCUGAACUGCUCCAGUCAUGGAGAGUGUGACUCUUUCACUCGCCGCUGCGUCUGUCACCCCUUCUGGAUGGAGAACUUCGUCAGAGCCCAGCUGGGUGACGCAGAGAGCAACUGUGAGUGGAGUGUUCUGUAUGUUACUAUAGCAUCCUUCAUGAUUGUGGUUGCCAUAGGAACAGUGAUCUGGGGGAUGGUAUGCUGCUGCCGCAGAAGGAAGAGCCGGAUGCGCAGGAAGAGCCGAUAUAAGAUGUUGGAGGCAGAUGAGCAGGACAGCCUUGAGCUGCAGCCUCCACGAGCUGGGCGCUUGAAGCCGAGCCCUGCCCCCGCCUCCUCCUCCCUCAUGCGCUCCGACUCCGACCUGGACAGCGAGGACGGCCGGGGGGGCGGGGGCUGGGCGGAGCGGGAGAGGGGCCAGCUGCUGCGGCCCCAGAACGGAGCGCUGCGCAACGGCCAGGGGCCCCUGAGGGCCAAGAAACCAAGGGAGGAGCUGCUAUAGCAACCGCACUGGGGGACGAAGCUCCUCAGCGCGCACCACCCUCACGCCCCGAAGCGGACCGCGCACGGACACACUGGUAGGCAUGGAGGGGGUGCUUCUGAGCCACCGGAGAUUCUGCCCCCCACCUGCCCCUCCUGGCUGAUACACGAAGCCAGUACUGACACCUCACCCACCCUGAGAGACCUGGGGCUAAACACAGACUAAGCCCCAGAGCGCCUCUCUAUCUGUGAUGUACAGCCCUGCACCUCAAAAUCACUGCGAAUGUACCCCCGUACUCACGUAGGGUGAAACAGGGGCUGCUGCACCGCCACGCACCUCACAGAAGCAGGGGUUCCGCACUCCGACCCCGUGAAGAGAACGAGCCGGAACCAUGAAGGACUACUCUCUGCCCCUGAGCCCCACAACGCCCCUCACCUCCCAUCCUGAAACCCACGAUUCCCCAACACGCUCAGACACGCCGCAUAUCUCCCAGCUCCACCGCUGACAAACGUGGCGAGGAGAGCACAGAGAACGGGCUCGCUGUGAAUACUGGAGCCGGCAGCUCCAAAAUGAGCCUGUGUGUGCGUCUGUGUGUGCGUCUGUGUGCGCGUCUGUGCGCGUCUGUGUGUGAGUCUGUGUGCGCCUGUGUGUGCGUCUGUGUGUGCCUGUGUGCGCGUCUGUGUGUGCGCGUCUGUGUGCGCGUCUGUGUGUGUGCGUCUGUGUGUGCCUGUGUGCGCGUCUGUGUGUGUGCGUCUGUGUGUGCCUGUGUGCGCGCAUCUGUGUGCACGUCUCACAACAAGCCGGUCAGAGUCAAUCAAAUCCGCUGUUUCCGGUCAGCCGUCAGCCCUGUGUGUCAGUGUGGGAGAUGGGAAAACAUGCUGGUGUGUUAGAGCAGAGAAGGAUCCUGGGAGAUUGUGUUCUUGUGGAGAUGUGGGUCACGUGGAUUACACUGGAAGAACUGGACUACACGGCGCAGGAGCCCCGCCCUUCCUCCCACAGUCCUUUGUGACCUGGGGCUGGGGGGGGGGGGCAGCGCCUCUCACUCACCUCAAAGACUGACUGCUGAGUCCUGGAAAAACCACCUGGAGUUUUAGUUUGUUUUAAUAUGUUUUUAGCCAGUCAUUUGUUCCUGAUGCACUUUGUGUUGUUUUUAUGACUCUGCUCUGUCUGUUCUGUCCUCGUCUGGCCAAGCGUGGACUGGGUAAUGCCAAUCCACUCUGAUCAUUUUGUGAAGGACUUUCAGUUCAGUUUAGGCAGACGGUCAGACCCGAUUUCCCCACAUAGCACCUCUGUUAAACCUGCCUGUUUGGUUUCUUACUCACUGCGUUGUCCCAAUGUGAUUACAAUGUUAGAUGAGCGUUACUUCAGACCCCUUGCACUCUAGUGCGUGGCUCAUAUUGAUUUUGUAGUUUUCCAGACUACAUACCCCACUUAGAUAUACCUUGUCUGGCUUUGGCAAUGGGAGAUCUUUGUCACAUUCUAGGUCACAUCUUUUCUGCUUCCUUCAGUCCUCAGAAGGGCAGCAAGAACCGUGUGAUGUUAUUGCCUUGCCUGUGCUACUUCCUGUUUGCAGAGCUUGCUCUUGCGUCUAUGCCAGACAUGCACGGGUGUUGUGGGAAUAAGAUCCAAGGGCCUCGGCUGUCAGACAGCAGCAACCAAAUGAAGGGAUUCUCUUCCGAUUUUAAGGCUCACUACUAAUGUUGUGUUUUUUUGUUUUAUUUGAAUUUUGUUUUACUUUAUUUGAAGGAAUCCUUCUGUUCUGUGACUUUAUCUGGUACAACUGGAUUAACUGUAAAUUAAAGGGAAAUAUUUAAA